AUGGCCGUCUCUGCGUCGGGACCCAAAGGCAGCGCUCACGGACCCCAGGCCUCCUCUGGCCCUCCUCCGCCCACCCCCUCGGAGAUGCAGUUUCCGGCCAAGGGCCGAGCCCCGCGCGAGGCCCCCGGCGGCGGGGCCGAGGGCGCGCGAGCCGGUCUGCGCUGUGAAGCGGCGUCGGAGCAGGAGCGCGAGGCGGCGCGUGCGAAUCCCGGCCCGAGGCGCGCCCAGACCCGCCGGCCGCCCGGCCCGGCCCGCGCCCGGACAGCGGCCGCGGCAGAGUCGGGGCGGAACGGGCCAAUCAGGCCGGCACGAAGCCCAGGGGCCGGCGGGCAGGCCAGCGCGGGGCGCCGCCGCGGAGGCAGAGCGGUCAGCGCGCCCAGGCCAGAGGGGCUCCCGCGCCGAGUGGGGGCGCUGCGGGCGGCCGGCCGAGGGGUCAAGCCGGGCCUGGGCACAGCGGGGCGUCUGCACGCGAGGCCCAGGCCCGGCCAGCGAGGGCGGGUGGAGGCGCCCAGGGAGGGAGACGCAAGGCUCCUCCGCGGCGGGGCCCGCGCGGCCGCGCUCCUGGGCGGGGCGGCGGAGUCGGCCCGAAGCACCCUGCGGCGUCCGGGGGAGGCCGCGCGAGCGAGGCCGGCAGGCGCCCCGGAACGCGCGGAGGCCGCAGGACGCCGCCGCCGCUCCGGGCCCGGGAAGCGAGCCGGGUCCCGCCCGCUGCCGGGAGGGCGGCCUCCCCAGGCGGGCGCCGCAGCCGGAGCCGAGGAGGGCGGCCCGGGCGGCCCGGGGGCAGCGGGUCUUCACCCCGUCUCGGCCCACGCGGCCGGCGGGCUCAGCGGCGGCCCGGGCGCCUCAUCGUUCGCCGCACCCCGGGGAAGACACGCAAACGGCGCUACUGCCCCGCGGCUUCCAUUCCCCCUCCAGGGCGGGGGCGGGCAGGGCUCCCCCGGGCAGGACGGAGCAGCCGCCCUCGGCCCCGGGCUGGGACAGGAGCGCGACGAGGGGCAGCAGCGGGCCAGGGACAGGCCACCGCGCGCCGCCGGGCCCGGGCUUCCUCUGCGGAGAGACCAGACAACGCGCUGCGCGCCCGCCCGCGCCGGCCGCCUCAGACAGCACCAGCGGGGCCCCCACCGGCCGCCCGCAGUCCGGCGGGCACCGGCCAGGGGUGGCGGCCACCGCUGUUUCUUUGGGGGCGGCGUGAGCCCCGGCGCUCGCAGCUUGACUGCGGCGGAGCCGCCGAGCCAGAGAACCGCGGCUCCUGCCCCUCCCCGAGGCGGCGGCUCCUCCCCGAGUGGGUCUGAAGAGAAGCGCGAAGCCUUUCGGAGGCGAGGGGGGCGGGGCGGGAAGCGAAGGGCCCGCCCCGCCGCGCUGGAGGGCCGCGGGGCGGCGCCGGAGCUGGUUGCCGCCGGGCCGGCCCGACCGCGGCGCGAGGACCGCCGGCUCCGGCGGGCGGAGGGGCCGUCGCGGGAGGAGACGGGCCUCCCCGCAGGUCAGGCCGGGCCCGAACCCGCCUCCCCAACAGCGCCGCCGGCCGGCACCUCCCGGCGCUUCGCGACGCGCAGCCAGGCCCGGGCGAGGCCGAGGCGGCGGGCGGGCCGGAGCGCGUCCUCCCGGCCGGGCUCCCCGGCGCGCGGGGCCGGGCCUCCUGCUGCUGCGCGAGGCGUCAAAACAAGGAAAACGCAGGCACCGGCGGGCGCAGCCGAGCCCUGCUGGCGGGGCCUGGCCGAGGCAGAGCCGCGACCGCCACCCCGGCGCCCCCCGGCCCCCGGCCCCCCAGGGCGCCCCGGACCCCCACCCCGGGGAGCCUCCUCCCGGCCCAGGACGCGCGCGCCCGCGCUCCGGCCGCGGGGGGACGGCGGGCGGCUGGGCGGGGGCUCUGCGGGGACCACCGGACCCUCCGCGCUGGGGGAGCGCAGGCAGCACCCCCACUUCGGAGACAAGUCGGGGGUGUCCCGGGAAGGGAAAUGUGCCUCCCGAGCAGCCAUGGCGCACGGAGGCGCGCCGCGAGCAGGAGUCCCCGGCCGCCCCUCCCCAGGCCGCGGAGGCCAGGGCGCGGCCCCGCGGACCCCGCGCCGCCGCCGGGGCGAGGCCGGCGGACCCGCCGCUCUUCGUCCAGAAGCUGAGCCGCCGCGGAGACGGAGGAAGCGGGGCCGCAGGAGGGAACCCCGUGGCCGGCGGAGACCCGCGAGCCCCGCCGCCGCGCCCUGCCGGGGAGCGCGGUCCCCGCGGGCGACGACCCGAAGCGCCCGGAACCCAGAGGACGAGGACGGCGACCCGCGGCGCCGGGAGGGGUCUGGGCGCCGCCCGCUGCGGUCCCGAGGUCUCCUGGCCCUGGGGCGCCCCAAGUCCAUAACGAAAACCACCUCUGGGCACGAAGGGCCGCCCGGGCGCCCACUGCCGGCGUGUGCUUCCAAGAGUCGGCUAGAGAUGUUUAAAAUCUAA